AUGUCAUCGAUUUUUCAUUCUUUAAAUUUGCAUAUGAAAGAUACAGAUAAUAAUAAUAAUAAUGUUAAUACUACUACUACUAUUACAUUUCAAAGUAUAUUUAGAAUAUCAUAUAUUAGAGGAUUGAUAUUUAAUCAUUUAAAUGGAGGAGGAGGAGGAGGAGGAGAAGGAGGUGAUGAAAAUAACAAACAAAGUUUUAAAAAAGGAAGAGAUAUUAUUGGUUUGGCUCUUUUAGGAAUGAUUACACAAUAUGCAAUGCCAUGGAACUUUAUUAAACAUUAUAUCAAUUCACAACAAGUACUGUUAAAAAGAAGAAGAGAUAUUGUCAUAUCAAUAUAUUGUAUUCAUCCAAAUGCUACUUUGGAUACUUUAAAACAUCUAAUAGAAUGGUCACAAGAUUUUACACCUUUGCAACAUAGUCACUGUUACUUGGAUCUAUUGGUAGAUAUUGCAGAGUAUGGUCAUCGAGAUAUUUUAGAGUUUCUUAUCACUCAAUAUUAUCCAACUCAUCUGUCAUUGGGUGAUCCACGUGAUAUGGCAGAUAUCGCAGCUAUAAAUGGACAUCUCUCGACUCUACAGUUUAUAGAUUCCCUUCCAAGGGAGGAGGAUCAACCAAGAUACUAUAAGGAAAUAAUGCAAACCGUCGCGGAAUAUGGUCAUUUAAAUGUAUUGGAGUAUUUGCAUAGUCAAGAUGAGCAUUGUACCAGCAGAGCUAUGCAUAAUGCUGCAACUUUUGGUCAUUUUGAUGUUGUUAAAUUUCUUCAUGAUAAUAAGGCUGAAGGAUGUUUGGAGAUCACUAUGAAUCAAGUUGCUAGUAAUGGUUAUUUUGAAAUAUUAAAGGUAACAAUAAUUAAUACUUCUUCAUUUUCUUUUGACUAUUGUUUUCUUCAUGAUAAUAGAUCUGAAGGAUGCACAAAGAAUGCUAUGGAUUGGGCAUCUGAAUUUGGACACUUUGAGAUUGUCAAAUUUCUCCAUCUUAAUAGAACAGAAGGAUGUUCAACACAUGCUAUGGAUAAUGCAGCACGUAAUGGUCAUUUUGAAAUUUUAGAGUGGCUCCAUGUCAAUAGAAGUGAGGGAUGUACUGUGGAUGCUAUGGAUCAUUCUUUUAAUUUAAAGAUACUCGAGUUUCUUCAUUUAAAUCGAACUGAAGGAUGCACAAAGAAUGCAAUGGAUCAUGCAUCUAUGUUGGAUUUACAAAUGGUAUCAUUCCUUUAUAAAAAUAGAACCGAAGGAUGUACUUUGGAUGCAAUUGAAUAUGCAAUCGAUAAUAAUAAUUUAGAUAUUUUAAAGUUUUUACACGAGAAUAGGAUAGUAAAGAAAAAAUACCCAAGUAAUCUAAUCAACAGGAUAGUAUCGAAUAAUGGGGAAUUAGAGAUGAUAGAAUAUGUUCAUACACAACUCAAAUCAUCUUGUACCUCACUUGCAGUCAACAAUGCCGCAAAGUUGGGUAGAUUGGAUAUUAUUCAAUAUCUUGAUAAGCAUUUCAAGACCUCCUCUAAAAUAUGGAGUAUCACUACAAUGGAUUUUGCAGGACAAUAUGGACACCUUGAUAUUAUAACCUAUCUCAAUCAGCAUAGAACAGAAGGUGCGACCUAUAGAGCUAUGGAUAUGGCUGCAAAGUAUGGUCAUCGAGAAAUAGUAGAGUUUUUACAUUAUAAUAGGACAGAAGGAUGCACGACAAGUGCAAUGGGAUACGCAGCACAAAAUGGUGGUCUUCAAAUAGUAGAAUUUCUUUAUAAUAAUCGUACAGAAGGAUGUUCUUUGGAUGUUCUUAAACCAAAUACCUAUUUACCCGUUUAUUGCCAAGUUUUGGAUUAUCUUUUGCCUAAAUAUCCUCUACUCUUUUGCAAAGAAAAUAUAUCUAAAGAAAUUUUAAAACACUUGAAAAAAGGUUAUUUUGAAGCCAUGGAUUGGUUUGAUCGAAAUAUAAUAUAA